AACGACGAAGGUACAAGAGGCGAAGGCGGCCCGGCCAAGCAAAGGCUCGCAACGAAGCAAGGAAGGAAGAGGACCGAGAGCCGAGGACAGACAGACACACACACACACAGACAGAGAGACCGACCGACCGACAGCCAGCCAGAGUGAGGGAGAGAGAGAGAGGGAAGAGUCGAGUGAGUGAGCGAGCGAGCGAGUGCACAACAGAAGAAGAAGAGGAGCAAGAGAUUCGAUCUGCUGAAUUGAAUAUCUGGAGUCGUGCUCUCCGCAGUGUGAAAAUUUGGUGGUGCUCGCAGAAGCGUCUGCUGCGUUUUCCUUCCUUCUCCCGUCUCCCAUUUGGUCCCAGCCCAGUUCAGCCCAGCCCAUUUGAGCUCCUUUCAGUUCUUUCCGGAGCCAGAGCCAGAGUCGCUGCUCCUGCUGCUGGCCCGGCCUGGCCCGGCCCCCUUGUCUAUUCUCGGCUCCUUCUCUCCCCUCCGACCUGCGGACAUGGCAUCGUUCCGUCUUCUGUGAAGGAAUUCGUUCAUGCGGACGGGGGAAGCCAGAGGGGAGCACGUGCGGUCCCAAUUCGCCACAGGGUCGUUGUAUGUGGAUUCCGGAGAUUUGAUGAUUGAGAGAUUGAGAUUGAGUGAGUGAUAUUCCGUGAGUGGUGGAAAUUUGAUUUUUGGUGCAUUCCAGGGAGGCGCUGAAGGAAAAAUCCGCGCAGUGCAUUCUGCCGGGACUUUCUCUGGGCUGCUCUAUUUACUCCCAGCCGAGGGGUGUCAUAGUUCGUGAUUUCUCGCCUUUAAUCAGGAGGUCGCGGCUGCGAAUUCGACCCUGAAGCAGCGGUCUGGAGUUUCCGGAUUCAAUUCCGGGCUCUCUCGGUGCUGAUUCGGGCACUCGUUCUGGUCCAAUUGCUGGGAGCUAGUCCUCGUACGCAUUUGCUCUAGGGCAGGACAGGGCUCUUCGAUCUCGCGAUCUCUUGCCAGUGCGCGACAACUCGUUCGCAUUCUAGUGCCAGUGGGGCGGACUGGGGUUUUUUUUUCUUCGGAUAUUUUUUUGGUAAUCUUCAGAUAUUUGCUAGUUCUCUCUCUUUAAUUUCUGCCUGUGAGAUUUGGCUCGAUCGAAUUCUCGCGGAGGCGGGCUCGAGGAAUUCGAGGCUCGUGAGACAGAGACAUGGCGCGGUGCCUGGGCGGCCCGGAUGAUGAGGUGACGAAAAGAAUGCCCCCAAUUGGAGUCAGGGUGAUCCGGACCUUGUGGCGACGAGAUGCGGACCUCAACACGUACAGAUAUGCCGCCCUCAUCAUGACAUUCAUCGCCUACUCGUGCUACCAUGCGUCGCGCAAACCGCUCAGCAUCGUCAAGAGCGUGUUGGACUACGACGAGGUCGGCAACACCACCAGCGUCGAGCGCUCGCUGUCCGAGUUCUACCAGUACAUGCCGAUGAACCACCUCGCGUCCAGGCACGAGGCUGCAGGAGGAGGAGGAUUCCCAUUUCAGGCUCACCAUUUCAGAUACAGCAACUCCUUCUUCAACUCCUCGGCGAACGUGAGCGAUCCGCAACCGAAUGCGGGCGGAUGGGCUCCAUUCAACCAGAAGGGCGGCAAGGGCCUCUUGGGCGAUGUCGAUCUCGCCUUUCUGGCCUCGUACGCCGUGGGAAUGUACUUCGCCGGGCACUUAGGAGACAGAGUAGAUUUGCGCUUGUUUCUGACCGGGGGGAUGCUGGCCAGUGGAUUUUUCGUGGCCAUGUUCGGCGUCGGCUAUUGGCUCGACAUUCACUACCUGUCCUACUACAUCGUGGUGCAAGUGUGCGCCGGGUUGGUGCAAUCGUCCGGGUGGCCUUCGGUGGUGUCCAUCGUCGGGAAGUGGUUCGGCAAGAGCAAGCGAGGCCUGAUCAUGGGAAUCUGGAAUGCGCACACCUCCGUGGGCAACAUUUUGGGCUCUCUGCUGGCCGCUGGAGCUCUGCAGUAUGGCUGGGGCUGGUCGUUUCUGCUGCCGGGCCUGCUGCAGGUGUGCGGAGGACUCAUCAUGUUCUGCUUCCUGGUCGUCGAGCCCGCAGACGUGGGGCUGCACAUCCCUCGGGACGGUGAGGAGGCCUCGGAAUCGGAGACUCGAGCCAUCCUCGCGCCUCCUGCCAGACUCGAGAGUGGCGAUUUGGAGGCCGGGCGCUCUGCCAAUCCGGCCAAUCCGGCCUCGAGCCCGACCUCGUCCCGGGGACAGCCCGCUGGGGCAGCCGAUGAGGAGACAGGCCUUCUGGGCGGUGCACCUCAGAGCCAUGAAGCUCCCGUGGAAAGGAAGAAGGACGAGGCUGUCAGCUUCGCAGAAGCUUGGGCAAUUCCCGGCGUGGCUCCUUUCGCCUUCUGCCUCUUCUUCUCCAAGCUGGUGGCCUACACCUUCCUCAACUGGCUCCCCUUCUAUAUUGCCCAAACAAAAAUCGCUGGUGAGUACCUGGACGACAAGACUUCCGGGAAUCUGUCAACACUGUUCGAUGUGGGAGGUGUUGUAGGCGGCAUACUGGCGGGUCAUCUGUCUGACAAGAUGAAUGCUCGAGCGACCACGGCUGCCGUCUUCAUGUACAUGGCGAUUCCAGCUCUCUACAUGUAUCGAACUUUCGGAAGCGUCUCCUUCUACACGAACAUUUUCCUGAUGAUGACCGCCGGAGUUCUUGUCAAUGGGCCUUACGCGCUUAUCACGACUGCAGUUUCAGCAGAUCUCGGAACCCACUCUUCGCUGAAGGGGAACCCGAAUGCUCUCGCCACCGUUACGGCCAUCAUCGAUGGAACAGGCUCGGUAGGAGCUGCCGUAGGUCCACUGAUUACAGGGUAUGUAGCGGAGUACAGUUGGGAUGCGGUCUUCAUCUUCCUCAUGGCUUCUGCUGCCAUCGCCGGUCUUCUUCUCUCGAGACUGGUCUGGGCCGAGCUGAGCGAAAAGAUCCACACGGAUCACCCGGUUCUCUCCAAACAAAUUCUGCAGGACGAGUCAAAUGGAUCGAUUACGCAGCGCUUGUUGAGCAGCAGAUCUUAAGAGAUUCAUUAUUAAACGUUUUGAACGUGUCCUGGGCCAGUCUCUUCUUUUGGAAGGACUUAUUCAUGCGACACUCUGUACGCUUGUGAAGUUUCUACGACCAAGCGUGUGCAGACUGUAUACUAGGCUGUGGCGACGAGUUAUUGAUACCACAUUGCAAUGUGUUCUGCAGCAGAGCUUUGAAAGGCUUGUGCUUAAGUGGGCUCCUCCGGGAGCCACAAAACAUACAUACAGGUCGGUAUCUAUGAGGAGCUACACACAGGAUUUUGUUAGAGUGUAGCUGUCGUCGAGAUGAUUUUCAGGGCCCUGAGCGACAUCUGGUAGUAUCUGCCAUCCUCGACAUCCAGCCGUCUUCCGCGAAUUAGAGAGCGAGCAUCCACCUGUAUCUACAAUCGCCGACAUCUUUGAUAAGCUUCUUCGUUCUCUCGGCACGUACAAGCCACAAUACUGUAGGCAUAAGUGGCUGCGGAGGCUCAAGGGAUCCAGGAAUGGAGGGUCAGUUUUGUCCGUGUACCAUUAAGCUCAUCAUAGAUUGAAUCUUAGGGUGCAAUCUUGGCAACCGAUUCAUUUACAUCUGCCUGUCACAUUCUUCUGUACAUAUGUCGGAGCUCGAUUCCUGAGGAUUUCAUCUUAACGACACAGGCAUUUACGAUUACUCAGUACAUACAUCAAUUAAAAGUAGCACUGCCCCAUUACUUAACGAGAAGCAAUUAUCAUUGUUAUCCUUUGAGAGUUUUGUAGAGAAACACUCUAGAGUCUGGAGUGUCACACAGCAACGUAGGAAUAUGGGUAGCACUGCGUUUACAUGACAUUAGGAUUUGUAUUUGUUAGUUUUACAUAGUUUUGAUAGUCAAAUGAGUUGAUGACCACACACAAACCGCUGUGGUUCCGAGGUCCAGUAUGUAAAGUAGUGAAGUGGAAGUUUCCCACUCUGCUUCAAAGAGCAAGCUUUGUGCUGACUAUAUCAGGCCUCUCGUAUUCCUUAUGCGUUUCAUGUUCUGCUUAAUCCUUUUUCAGAAAAGGAAGGACUCCUCCCUCACGUCAUCAUGCGAGCGGGACACUAGUCCAUGGAAACCAUAAAAGUAGGCUGGGUACAUUUUUUCCGUAGGUAGGAUUGGGUCCUUUGAGGCUCCCAAUGGCAAGAGCAAGUAUUGCGCUCGAAAGUACAUUCUUCA